AGGUGGGAGCCCGCGGGGAGGCGGCGGCGGCGGAGGCGUGCUCCUGCUGGCCGCGGGGCGCGUGUGUGGCUGUGCGUGUGUGCGCCCCGCGUCGCGCGGGUCACACAGUUGCGGCUGGAUCCACGCGCUCCCCGCGCCGGCGGGGAUCGCGGCUCCUGGCGUGGCCGGUUCCCGCCGAGGUCCCGAGAAGAGCGUGAGUGAGCGGCGUCUGUUACCGAUCACCUGACACAAGCCAUGUCCCUAACAAAACGUUGGUGAAAGCGUAGAAGAUUUCUGAGAUACAGCAGCUCUGGUACAGUGAAGCCGCUCCCGUGGGCCAGGGGCAGCGUUUGCUGAAGGAUGUGGUAGCCCAGGAGUCGGGGCUCGCCAGGACGAGGUCGAUGGCUUGCAUGGAGCUUCUCUACCUGGCCGAGGAGAGCAGGCAGGCCCCCCUGGGCACCGCUGCCGGCUGGAGCCUGCCAUCCCCUCCUUACGAGCAGCAGCAGCAGCAGCAUGAGGGGGGCGAGCUGGACCCCAAAGCACCCGCUGCUGUGGCAGCCCUGCACUGUGAAAGGCAUCGCAAGGUCUUGCAGCGGGGCCCUGUGGCUGAGCCCUCCCUGGCACCCCAGCCCACUACCCCGGGCACCGCUCCCCCGGAGCAGGGGGCACCUGCCAGCACCUCCCAGCCCUGCCACCUGCCCGAGCGCUUGCCCAGGGAAGAGGAUGGAGGGAAGAAGAAAGCCUGCUGCUGUGCCCAGGAACUCGAGACAUCAUUCACCUACGUGGAUGAAAAUGUAAACCUGGAGCAUGCAAGAAGUCCCCCUAGUCCUACAGGCGGCCACUGCCAGGAUGCCCCCCUGCAGCAGCGGUCCUGCAGGGAGCUGCCACCUGAGUGGGUGCACGAUUCUCCUUCCUUGGUCUCUGAGGAGGAUGAUGCUGCCUCGGAGGUGGCGGCUGGGAAAUCCGUGGACUACGGGUUCAUUAGUGCCAUUUUGUUCCUGGUUAGUGGCAUUUUGCUGGUGAUCAUUUCUUAUGUGGUACCCAGAGACGUGACUGUGGAUCCCAGCACCGUGGCUGCCCGGGAGAUGGAGAGGCUGGAGAAUGAGAGCGCUAGGAUCGGGGCUCACUUGGACCGCUGUGUUAUCGCUGGGCUGUGUCUCUUAACUCUGGGGGGAGUGGUGCUCUCCAGCCUGCUGAUGAUGUCCAUGUGGAAAGGGGAGCUGUACCGGAGGAGCAGGUUUGCGUCCUCCAAGGAGUCUGCGAAGCUCUAUGGGUCUUUCAAUUUCAGAAUGAAGUCUGGUGCAAAUGAUAAUAUGCUCGAGCUGUCAUUAGUUGAGGAAGAUGUGCUUGCCGUAGAUAAUUAGUGUGGUCAUGAUUUUUAAAGGCAGCAUUUCUACAGGAAAAUAUGUUUUAUUAAAGAAAACAGAUACAGCUAAAGAUAGCUGGUGAUGCAGUUUAUUUGUCUGACAAGAAUGGUUUUUUUUCUUAAGCUCUAUAAUCGAAUGUUUGCAGUAAAUGAGCACUUGUUGUAAAGGGAAAAUGUGCCAGAGAAAAUGCAACUGAUAUAAAAUAAUGAAAACCACUGAAUAAAAAGAGAUUUGUGAUAA